GGGCGUGGUGGAGGCUCUCGCGGCUUACGUGUCCUUCGGCCUACGCUGACGUAGCACAGCACCCUGACGUCACCUUUCCCUGUGUGACGUGAUGCAGAGCCUGAGCCUUAGGCCUCUUUGUCUCUCCUGACCUGGGUGUACCGGCAGGAUGGCCUCGCCCCUUAGGGGCAAGUCCUCCGCCCCGCGAGUGGAAAGCACCCGCCACAAGGAGACUGUCCUCGUGGAGACGUCGUCCCACCGCGAGGAAACAUCAUCCCACCGCGUGGAGACUUCCUCCCGGCAGGUUCGAACGUCUUCCCGGCAGGUGGAGACGUCUCUGCGCCACCGAGAGGGGCCCUCCCUCACCCCCUCCACGAAGCGACUCCCCGGAUUCCUCGAGGUGUCCUCCCAGCACGUGGAAACCUCCUCGCAGUGCACGGAAACGUCCUCCAGCCACGUCAGGGCAUCGUCAUCUCUGCGGGUGGAGACGACUGUGCACCGUGUAGAGAGCCCAGCCAGGCGGGACAAGAAAGCUGCUCGCCAGAGUGCCAAAUUGGCCCGAUGAAAGUGGUGCCCAAGGGCCCUGGCCCUUAGCCAGGACCGAAGGGCUUCCAGUUGUCUGCCAGCCAGCUUCCAGGAGAGCCAAGCAUCUUUGGUUUCAUGGAAUCAACCCAUAAAUCAAUGUAAGAAACAGGCUGUGGUUUCGGGGCGCUGCCAACAUGUAUUGACUUUGCAGCACCUUAGACCACCCUGCUAUUAACCCAGAGUACUAUUUAACUUGAAGCCAGCAAAGAAGGGUUUCAGACUUGCGGUGCUGUAUAUACCCGGCCGGUGGACGUAGAGGCUCUUUGAGUCUCUGCACCAGUAGUAUCUGGAAGACUGGCUGAAUGUGACCUGGAAAAGCCAGACACCUGACUUCUAUCUAGAUCACUGAUGCUUCAGGAAAGGCACAGGAUCCUGGUAGACUCUCUGUUGUCCGUCUCUUAAAAGAAAUUUUUAUCUAGGUUUCUUCCUCCACAUUCCACUUAUUCAUGUUUCAAAGCUGGAAUGGAAAGAGAGAUGCAUAGAGCAAGAAGGUGCCAAAGAAGUAAUAGAUAAGUCCGUAUUUGCCAUAAUACUAUAUUAUACAUUCCACAACUUCAAAAUGACACUGUGUGUUGAAGGUAAUUGUUAAUGUACCUGUUGUACUUUGUAAAUGCGUGUUAACCUUAGCCAUGCUGUGUGUCGUCUUCACAUUGUUCUCUACAGGGAGAAGUGCUGCUAUACCUGGCGCAUGUCAUACAACGUUAAAGGCAAUAAGUGCAACAAUAAUGAACGAAGAGCAGUAGUCUCCAUUUGCAGUCAAGAAAGCCUUUAAAGCCGGGCGGUGGUGGCGCACGCCUUUAAUCCCAGCACUCGGGAGGCAGAGGCAGACGGAUCUCUGGGAGUUCGAGACCAGCCUGGUCUACAAGAGCUAGUUCCAGGACAGGCUCCAAAGCCACAGAGAAACCCUGUCUCGAAAAAGCAAAAAAAAGAAAGAAAGCCUUUAAUGGCACAAUCUAAAAAUUGGGUUUAUUAUACUAGGUAAUAGUUGUAUACAACUUGCCUUCAGUUGUACCAGUCAGGUUAGUUUAAAAAACUAAAUAAAUGCAAAUUCUUGGAAAGAGGUCACUUCUUAUUCUCAUAAUCUUCCUUUUUAUAUAUUACCUGAGGGUGGUUUACAAUAUCUACUGUCUAUUGUAUUCAAAAGAAAUGACUGGCUGUUUUGGUGCACACCCAUAAUCCCAGGACUAGGAGAGGCUGAUGCAGGAGGAUUACCAUGAGUUCCAGGCCAGCCGGGGAUAUAUAGUAAUUAUCAGACUAGUCAAAGCUAUGAAGCAAGAUCCCAGCUCAAAAAAUAAGAAGAUAAAGGAAAGGCAAGCCCAGUAAGAUGGCUUGGAGCAUAAAGGUGCCUGCCACCAUGCCACCAAGCCUGAUACCUGAGUUUGAUUCCAGGGACUUACAUGGUAGGAGGAGAGAACAAACUCCCAAAGUUGUCCUCUGACCUCCACACAUAUGCCUCCCCUCACCCUUCUCACACAUAUACAAUAUAUUUAAUUAAAAAUUUUAAAAGGUUGGCAUUAACAGCUUCCUCUUCUCCUGAACUACUCAGGCCACAGGAAGAACCAGGAAUCCAGUUAACAAGGUGUUUUCCUCACAUCUUCAUCUAGACUUUCCAGAAUUCCUGUUCCCCCAUUCUUUCUGUUGCUCCCAGCCUAGAAUGACAAGUAUAGGUAUCUGAGCCCUGAAUGUUUGACCCAGCCUCUACUGUGUUAAAUAGCCUUUACCUCUGCUUCCCCUGCCUGAGCCCUUACCACCCCAGUAAUCAGUGGUUAGAACUGCAUGACUGAAAAACAGAAAACUUGUCCCAAAGUGUCAAAAAUAGGAGCCGUUUCUCUCUCCCUUAGUAAGUCACCCAGUGUCAUCCAGGAAAGCCUGAGAUCAGCCUGUUAUCUGUUUUACCCCCUGAGGUGUACAGUACAUUAGCUCUGCAUGCUUGCUUGUUACCUUGUCUUGGUUAGGGUUCAUUGCUGUGAAGAGACACCAUGCCCACAGCAACUCUUACAGGGGCUCUCCAGGCAGCAGGAAGAGACUGUGAGCCAGUAGGCCUGUUUUGAGCUUCUGUGACCUCAAAGCCCAUCCCCAGUGACACACUUUUUUCAACAAUGCCACACCUACUCCAGCAAAGCCACACCUCCUAAUUGUGCCUCUCCCUGUGAGCCUAUGGGGGCCAUUUUCACACACCUCAAGGUUAUAAGAUGCUUGCAUGUCUGCAGCACUCCUGCCUGUGUUCAUCUCAGAUGGAAAGCACAGCAGAAGGAUAAUUGUUCUUCCUACCAGUGUUGUGUCCUGUUAGCUGGGAAGAGAAACCUUUACCGGGACCCCAGCUGAAUCAUACCUGUUUUCUUUAGCUGCAAGGGAGCCUGGGACGACAAUUAUCUUUCUAGCCUGAGCGGUGGUAGAAGAAAGGGAAAAGGCUGGAACUGAUACUCAGUGAGCCAGUCUAGGGUUUUUUUAUGUUUCGGAGCAUGACGGUCUCUUUCAGGUGACCAGUGGUCCUCUGGGGUUCUCAGCAGCAACUUUGUUUCUUCGUCUUUAGCAUAACAUUGACCAGGCUGCCAGACAGCACUGCUCAGGGCCUUUUCUCUCAUAGAUGCUGUGGAGUAGAACAUGGGAAACACAUUUUUGCAGGUUAGUAAUUCUUUUUUUUUCCUCUUUGAGAACAUUCAGGACAUUGCUUCACUCUCCUGAUUUGCAUUGCUUCCAACAAUGCCAACCACAGUUACGCAGCUUUAGCCUUGUCUGUUCCUCUAUGCAAAGGCUUCCCACGGCCUCUGUCAGAUGUGGUGUGCUCUGUAUUGGUGGUGGAGCACUUUAUGAUACACCGUGGUAUACUUUAUUUCCCAUGUCUUGUAUUUGGGGUUGUUUGUACCCUUUGAAACUUUGGCUUCAUGGUCUUCAGAAUAUUUAGAAAUUGGAGGGGGAGGUCAUUAUUCCUUCAAAUGUUCUUUUCAGCCUCUCUGUGGACAUAAAUCGCAGGUCAAAUAAGCAGUGUGAAGCUGACCCAUACCUCAUCAAUGCUCAGUUUUUUCUCUCCACAUUUCACUGGAUACUUGGUAUUGCAUUUGUUCUCCUGUUUAUCCUACUCUUUUUUCCGGCAACAUCCUCUCUAUCAUAAAUGCCAUCCAGUGUGAUAUUUAAAUAUUUUUUUAAAAUUUCAUUUACAGUUUUUAUCUCUAAUAGUUCAAUGUGGGUCUUUUAAAUUAUCUUCCAAACAUAAAUAAAUUUCUCUACACAUUCCUUUUUUUAUGUUCUUGGCAUGUUUGGCCUGCCCUGUCGUUACUCAGAUAUAUACAGUUUUGUUUUUUACAUGUCCUCAUUUAGUUCUGUCAUCUGUAUAGUCUCUGGGACCGUGUCUAUUGAUAGAUUUUUCUCCUCAUUAUGAGUUAUAGUUUGUGGUUGUCACUUUUCAUGUCUGGUUAUUUUUAUUUGUAUGCCAGGCAUAGUAAAUUUUAAUUUUAUUGAGUGUUCUAUAGUUUUCCUAUUCUUACAAUUCUUGAACUUUAGUCUAGUCAUUUGAAAGUUAUUAGCAAGCUGUUGUUGUUUGUAUCUACUUUUAAGCUGUUUUGUGAGUUCUUGAUUUGAUGAAUGAUUAAUGUUCUCUGAGGCAAAAACUUUCUGUGUCUCUGUAUAUCCCCAAUUUAGGAGAUUUUCUUCUCUGGCUUGGGAGAACAAUCCCUGUUCUCAGUGCAGGUGAGCUGGAGUUUCCUACCCUCGAGCAAUUUCCUUAGACGUGCGAUGAUCAGUACUCGGGUUGUUCAUUUCUUCAGCUAUUCCAGGCCAGAGGGAAGCCUGUUACUCCAUUCUGCCUGGAAUCCUCUUUCUUAUUAAAUACAGAUUUUGCUGAAGUUUAAUGUUACCAUUUCAUUUCUAGGUAGCAGAAAAUUCAGGUGGGAUUGUGAACAAAUGGUUAGGGUAUCAUAGCCCAGGGAUGGAGCACACCAGUCUCUGAGAUGGACACAAUGGCUAUAUUGACCUGCUCUCUCUUUCAUUUUCAAAACAGAAUGGCACUUUGUAGCCCAAGCAGACCUUGAACCUUGGUAUUCUGUUUCCACCAUCUGAGUGCUGGGAUUACAUGUAUGUGCCGCCUUGCCUGGUUCGUUGUGUCUCUGAGAGAAGAUGAUAAUAACAUUUUUCCUGUGAGAAAUGGUUACAUUGUUAUAAGUAGAAAAAGAUUAGGAGGGUAUGAGAAUUUAAAUAUAAAUGCUAGUUAUUAAUACUAUCAGUUGUACCUGUUGAGAGUUUACUCUUGGCUGCAAAUCCCGGCAAAUUUCUUCUUUACCUGUGGUUUUUGCUAUUCUGCCACAAGGGGGCGCUGUAAGAUGCAUUCUCUCUAGAGGACCAGGGACGCUUCCUGCCUGGGGCCCUCACAGUGCCUCCUUAGGCUUCCUGUGAAGUCCCUGUAACCAGCCACACUGAACCCUGGCAGUUGCAGUGCCAUUCCCUUAGCGGCAGCUGAAUAUAAUUUAAUGAAAUGUAGAAAAUUUUGAAUUUAAAUUUUCUAUUUGAAGAACCCAUUUUAUUAAACAUAGCUGAUCAUUUGUUCUCAGAAGUUUGAGUUUCAACUCUACAGGGGUCCUCUGAAUGUCUCAGCUUUAGUAGGUCCAGUCUCUGCUCUCCUGUCUGCUACUGAGCACACAGAUCCCCUCCCUCCCUUCCUGUCUGAAUUGCCUGUUCAUAGCCUUUGCUCAUUCUUUUCAGUUUUUCUUAGUGAUUUGUUUAUCAAUACUAAAUAUUUUAGCUUGUUUAUGAAUACUAAAUAUUUUAGUUCAGAUUUUAUUUGCAUUAUAUACAUAUUCUUUUUAAAAAAUAAAAACUUUUAUUUAUGUAUAUAUAUGUUUAUGGAACUGUAUGCUGUGUGUGUACUGAUGCCCAUGGAGGCCAGAAAAGAGAGUGGGAUUCGUGGAGCCGGAGUUUCAGGUGGUUGUGAAUAUGAAUGAUAUGAUAUCCCUGAUAUGAAUGCUGGGAACCAAAAUGUCCCAUGUAAGAACACCACUCAGCCACUGAGCCAUCUCUCCAGCCCCUACACGCAUAUUCUUAAAGUUUAGGGAACACUUCCCUCUUUGAAUUUUAACUCUCCCCCCCACCUCUUUAAUCUUGGUUUGUUUUUUUUGUUGUUGUUGUUGAUGGUGGUUAUGAGUUUUGUGUUUGUGUUGUUGUACGGUUUUGUUUGUUUGUUUUCCGAGACAGGAAUUCUCUGUGUAGUUCUGGUUGUCCUGGAACUUGCUCUGUAGACUAGGUUAGCCUCAAACUUAGAGAUCCACCUAUCUCUACCUCUGAAGUGCUGGGAUUAAAGGCAUGCGCCACAACCCAGCUCUCUUUUUAUAAACAGGAGCCAGUUUCUCAUCUCCCACUGUGUGCCUUUAUGUUGCCUGAUUUCCUUCUUUGGUUUCAUUUCAUGAUUGGCAGCCGUGUUUCUGUCGUCAUAAACUGACCUACCAGGAAUACUGCCCCAGUGAUUUUUAACCUUCAAGUCAAAACUAUUAAAGACUGGAGAAAUCAAUUUAGUGGGUCAUAGUAUUUUUAAAAACAAGGGAGCUGGAGAGAUGGCUCAGAUGUAGACAGAGUGAUUAAGGACACCUACUGCUCUUACAGAGGACCCCAAUUUAGUUCCGAGCACCCAGGUUGGGUACUCUCAAUGGCUUGUAACUCUGGCAUCAUGGGGUCUGUCACCCUUUCCCUGCCCCCUUGGGCA